AUGGAUUACACUGCAAAGAACUUUGACGCCGUUGAUUUCGGCGGCGAAGUAGACUACUCCAGUUACCAAUGGUUCCAAGAGCCUCCACCACGACCAGAGGUAGGCCAGCCACCUCAGCCGGUUGUCCAACCAUACGUGCCAUCUGAGGGGGUUAUUAGGCAAAAUGAGGCCUUUGACUUUGCUCUGAAGGCCGCGCCGAACGUGCUGUACGGGCGCUUCAAGCAGUAUGGCCAGCUUGGUGUACUGGCGUGGUGCUCGGAAUUUGGAGAAAUGAUUGAUAGUCUCAAAGAGCUCGGCUUUUCAGGAAACAUGUUUGUAGCAACACGAGUUCAGGCUCUCAAGACCUGCGAGGAUAUACUCAAGCUGAAGCUCGAUAUCAAGAUGCAGAUAAUACUCAUGUAUUUGUCUUCGCAGGUCGCCAGGCUGCGUCGCUUCCUUGAUGGGGGCGAGCGACAGUGGAACGACUAUCCUGUUCCCGAGUUUCCUCUGGAUUAUCGCGCAUAUGGCACAUCAUGAUAGCUUUCCACAUCCUUUUCUUUUGGACUGCGUUCAUCAGGUUCUUUUGUGUACCACUGGCCCCCCCGUCUCAUCAGUUACCGCAUUAUGGUGCAUUGUGAUGCAAACAACGUAUACCUUGUAUUAUGGUUUUACUGUAGUUACUCAGAUCAUCGUUGCGACCGUGCGAGACGGCUGGUGUGCUGUGAUAUCUGUCAGUGCCCGCUCGGAAACGUUCGCUAGGCUUCUGCUGUUUUCU